AUGGCCCACCACUGUGUACUACGUAUAACAUCACCCGCGACGAAACGUCGCUUUCGAAGACGAUACUUCAAACUGCAGUCGAGGACGAGGACGAGGACGAGCGUUGCUGUUGGUGAAGCUGUUCUGGAGCCGCUGGCAGCGCUAGGAGCACGAAUGAGCGAGGAACAGAGACACCCAGUGGGCGGCGUGUCCGGGCUGCUGACGAACCCGCUGCAGUUGCACCCUCUCGCAGGGCUGGAACGGGGCGUCGAGUACAUGGAUCUUGAGGAGGAGCAACUGUCGACGAUGGAGGGGUCCCAGGGCUUGAUCCCCUCGCGCGGGUGGACGGAUGACCUGUGCUACGGGACCGGGGCAGUGUACCUCACGGGCUUGGGCCUCGGGGGGGUCUCCGGGGUUCUGCAGGGCCUGCGCGCGAUCCCCUCCGCGGACGCGCCGGGGAAGUUGAAGUUGAACACGGUGCUGAACAGCGUCACCAAGAGGGGGCCCUUCCUGGGGAACACCGCGGGGGUGCUGGCCCUGUCGUACAACGUGGUGAACUCGUCGCUGGACGCAUGGAGGGGCAAGCACGACGCGGCAGGGUCCAUUGCAAGCGGCGCCCUCGUCGGGACCCUCUUCAGGUCCUCGAGGGGGCCCAAGCAGAUGCUCAUCUCAGGGUCCCUCAUGGCAGGCGUAUGUGCGCUCUGGUCCGGGCUCAAGGACAAGGUGCUGUCCCCGUGA